CUUCAAAAAAUGUCUGAUGAAUCCGAACCGCAUGAGAGUGAUGUUGCCGAAAUGAGGUAUGAAUACACGAAAGAUUGGGAUCCUUUCAUGGUGAAAAUUGGAAAUAGAUUGGUGCGAGGAACUGAAGUGGAAAAAGCAAUCAAGUACUACUAUAAAGAUGGACUGAAGCCUCCUGCGAAUGGAAAGUCAAAACCUAGAAAAUUCAGUUCCUUGAGCGAAAGAUAUCGAUUUGUCAAAAAUGAAAAUGAUUUGAAGAAAAUUCGAGAAAUGAAAAAGAACGGGUUGAAAUUCGAUGCCAGUCAUAUGAGGUUUUUCAUUGGUUUAGAAAUGGAAAUUGAAACGGAGAAGCGGAUUGCUGAUGGAGAAUCGAUUACUAUUAAGGAUCAUCUGGAAAUGUUCGAACGAAUCCGAGAAGAUCACAAAAUUCCCAAUACUAUCACCGCCGGAGUCAACUGGGUUUUUAAAUGGAGACGGGAAAACUUGAAGAAAUAGUUUUUGUCAGUUUAAGAAUUUCAUUUGUUUUAUAAUAAGAUCUCAUUGUGUUUUAAUAAAAUUCCGGUAAUUUG